UUUGUCUUCUCUUGUAGUAAAUAUGAGACUGUCUUUUGAUUGGAUUUGUGAUUUCUCCGUUCAGUGUUGUCAUACAGUGAAGACUAUUUUAGCUUUCUUUGUUGACUCUGGCAGAUUUUAAAUUUUUGUGAUACUCGUGUUUUGAUUGUGUUAACCCGACAAAAACUAAGAUUUCGUUCAGGAACAUACGCCGGAAAACAAACCUCCAUUCCUUCUUUUACAAUUGAAGUAAAUAGUUCAGAAAUGACCUCAUCAUCUUCUGCAGAAGGAGGUGAAGUUUCUGAGAUGGAAAUAAUUACUAAUUACAAGUCUCAAAACCUUUUUGACAGUUUGAAAAAAUUGAAGGCUGCAGAAGUUCAGGCAAAAGAGAGAGAAGAGAUUUUAAAUCUUGCUGAUGAACCAAUAUUACCUGAAUUUAAAAACUUGUCUGAACAGGAUAAAUAUCUGGUGAUGUUGAAAAAGAUAGAUUCCUACCAAAGUCGUCUAGAAGAACGUCUAAAAGCUGCUGACAAUGAACUCAAAGCUAGGAAGAAUGUUGUAAAAGAUUUAGAAGACAGUUGUGUUUUUUAUAAUGCUCAGUAUAAAGAUGUUAAGAAAGUUGCCAAUGCAUAUAUGGCAUAUGGAAGAAGACUAAAGAACGUGGAAAGUAAAUUAUCUGAAAAGAUGUUGUUAUUUUCGUCUCAAGGUGAAAACAGUUCUACAUGUUUUUCUGAAAGGAAUUCAUGUGCAUCACCAGUUAUUGGUACUUCUUCCUUUCAUCAUGAUAAUACGAGUAUGUCUGGAACAUCUUCAAAGCCAUCACCUGGUUCAGUCAAUGAGAAAGGACAAGAUGGAUUGCUUAGUUCUGACAAUUUGAAAAGCCACUCUUUUUCCUGGAGCAAAAUUUCAAGAAAUUCUUUGUCAGAUUCUGCUAAAAGGUGUGAAAAUGAAUUAGAGGAGACUUUGGAGAAUAGACUAGGACAAUCACCUAAACCAAAAUUCAGUAAAUUAGCAGAAAUAUUUGCAGAAACAAAAUCAGAUUCUGAAAAACAAAUGAGUCCUGAAUUAGCUCUUACUAGAACAUCUGAUCUGAAAUUUUUAAGUUGCCCAAAUAUUCAAAAUGAGAACAUUGCUGACUUACAGAUAACAGCUGAUCAGCAAAAUGAAGUACCAAAGAAUACAGGUCUCAGUUCUGCAGAAACUUCCUCUAAUCAGGAUACAAACAUAUUAGAUUGCUUAAAUGAAAAAGAAAUAACAGAAAAUGAUAAUGAAAUAGAAUUUUUACUGGAAGAGUCUUAUGAUACGAAGAAGGCUAAAUCAAAUAUGGAUGUUAAAAGAAGGAUAGAACUUCCUCUUCAGUCAAAAGGGAGAAAUAUUUGCACAAAUGCUUCUGAAAAAAAACAUUCUGACAGCAAUCAACCUUUGAAUAUUCGUGAGGAAGAGGAAAACAAAUCUUCAGAAGAUAUGACAGAGGGAGAAAUGCUAAACUGAACCAUCCUAUGAUGGCACGCAACACAAUAUUUUGGGCAUGACGCCGAUCAAAACGAUUUGCAUGUGACUUCAUUUUAUAAACUGAAUUUGUCCCAAUUCAAUUGGUUGGAAAUUGAAGAAUUUGAAAUGCAACUGAUUGAUUUCCAGUCUAAUUCAAAAUUAUUCAAAAAUUUAUUGAAACAAAGAAAAAGUUGCAAUUGAUUGAAACAGAAAGAUUAACAAGCACUAUAAGUAAAAAUCCCAAUAACGAAAUUUUGGAAACAUGAAAUUCGAUUCCAAACACAUUUAAUUGUUUGAAGAAGCUGGCUUAUGCUUUAUUAGCCGUAUUUUCAUUUUACCUAUAUCUGCCAGUCAUUUUCAAAAUUUAAUAAUUUUAAAGACUCGUUUAGAGACUGUUUGGAAGAUGACUCCAAUUCAGCAUGCAUUCUGCUAAAAGUAACACCUCACAAUCCUAAUAUAAGUUAUUUGUCAUCUAAUCGCACUGUUACUUUAAUUUGAAUUACACGUAUAACUAAAUCAUUUUCUACUAUAUAGUGCAAAAUGUAUUUUUUUUCAUAGUAAAUAAAGACUUUUGAGUUGUUAAUAAAGAGUUAGAUGGAGGGAUUUGAGGUGUAUAAAGAGUUAGAUAGAGUGAUUUGAGUUGUAUUAAGAGUUUGAGUUCUAUUUAGUUUUAUUAUUUUCCCAAUAAUCACAAGUCAAAAUUAUUUGAUGGCACGUUUAUACCUCUUUAAAUAUUUCUUUAAAAAAGAUGUCACGCUCAUCCAUAUAGAUUCGCCGCACCUGAUAUAUACUAUUUCAAAAGUAAUGGUGCCUAUGUUGCCACCAAGCUCUAAAAAAGUUGAAAAGAUCCCUGAUGUUAUUUCCAUUUUAAAGAGUGUCAAAUCUGAUGUUUAAAGAAAUUUAUCUUUUGAAGAAAUAGUUCAAAAUGUUAGUAAUAUCUUUAUGCAUUUUUCUAAAGUAAUAAAAAGAGUGCAAAGAAAUUGACUUCUUAAAUAAUAAAAAUGACGCCCAAGAUUCGUUAGCAAUUAGUAAUGAAAUUUCUAGAACAAAAUAAUACAAGAAACAAUACAACUAUUAUCCAUGAAUUCAAUUCAGAAAAUAAUUUUUGACUGCAUACUCCAUCACCAAGCUCUGAUUCUUCAUUAUUUUCUUCCAUAUCCAUUUAUAUCCACUGAAUAUCUGAAAAAAUUUGCUUUGGAAAAGUAAAAAAAAAAAAGUGCAUUAAAUCUCAGAACGCUGAAGAUAAUUAUGUAACUGAUACAUCAGUAAUGAAAGAUUCCAUUGAAGCUGGAAAACUUUCUGAAAGUGUAGAUUCUGAGAUUAUUCACAAUCCAACCUUGAAUUCCAAAGAUUCAGGUCAGUCAAACAUUAGUGAUCAAGAGAUUCCAUUCUUUGGUACUGAAUUAGAAAAUCUAGACGGCAAAGACAAAAAAUGAACUCGCCAAUUUCAGAUGUGUAGUUACAAACUGGAAAGGAAGAUGAAAAACCUUAUUUACUGCAAACAAAAUUCUUUUAGAGGGCAUCUGUAAGAAAGUCUUUUUCUUUCUGAUAGUAAAAAUGUAUUGGAGGUUGCACUUGUAUCUUUUGAAAACUGCUUUAAUAUGUACCUUGCACUGAGAUCUUUUUUGAUACAAAAUAUGCAAAUGACUAGCCCUUCAAGUCCCCCUACCCACCCCCAAAAAACCACCUCAAAAUCUGUCUUUUCUUCUGAAGUUUAUAGUCAAGAUAAUUUAGAAGUCAUGGACAUGGAAUGUGAUUCAGAAUGAAAAAGCUAUGUCAGCUUGGGAAAACCAGUAUAUGAAGAACUGCAUGUUUGUAAAUAAUUAUAGCAUGUGAUUAUUUCAGUUAAAUGAGACUGAAAUAACAUUUCAUAAAAGUGUAAUUUAAAAUAAAACUUUUUUAUAUGCUAUUA